AUGGAAGACACAAGUUUGAGUAGGUUUACAAAAGCAAUCAGAUCCGGCAAUCAGUAUAAUAUUAAGAAUAUUGGUACACCAAAAUCGAAGCUGGUGUCAAUCAAGGUCAAAUCAAAGGGUACUCAAGUCAACUCAAAGGGUUUGAGUACACCACCAGAAACACCGAAGGAACCAUCAUCUUUGAGUCCCCAGACACCCGAGAAACCUUCAAGGACAAAGUGUGAAUCGAUAAAAAAGUCUGAAACAGAAGUACCAGACCUUUCAAGGGAAAUUGUUUCAAACCAAAAAUCUAUUAACACUCACCAGAUGACCCAACUCAAUAUUGAGAUAUUGAAACAGCAAAUGACAGAACUCAACUACGAACUCCUCAUUAACUUCACCCAAUUAAGGGAUAAACUAGAUUACUUGAAUGAGAAAAUUAAUUACUUCAAGCAAUCAAAUGAUGAGCUAUUGAUAACUAAAGUAGAAGAGAUUGAAAAAUCAAAUCAACAGGCCAGAGGAGAACAAACCCAAACGUUAGGCUUUUUCAUCACUACCACUUGUUUGAUGACUCCUUUAGCUGUUUGUGCCAUAAUUCUUUAUAGAGAAAUUCAUCAACAUGUAUAG